AUGGCUGCCUCCAAGAGCGAGUCAGACGUUAUUCUCAAUCGCGCAAAUGUUGCGCUUGCCCGCAGCCAGCGGCUCGUCUCAUCAUGGCUGCCCGCGCAGACCGACGACGAACUAUCCCACGUCAAGUCCGAGGAGGAAUUGCAGCGCGAAGAAGAUGAGAUCUUCACUGCUGUACCAGAGACACUCGGAGUCGGCGCCCCUCUCCCCGAAAAAGCUGCCGACGGAAGCUGGAACCGAACCGAACUCAGCUCCAACGAUAAACUACGCAAACAAUUGCUUGGAAGGAAUUAUGAUAAAGUCAUGAAGGCCGCCGCUGCAAAUAAGCCUCCACCGCAGAAUGCUGGUCCUGCGUCUGCGAAGUCUGCGUCCGCUACACCAGCCAAGAGCGAAGAAUCCGAUGACGAGGAAGAAGGCCGGGCGGCCAUGGUUGGAAAGAAGAGGAAGGCAGGGCCGGCUCAUGCCAAAAAGACGACUGUGGCAGGCAAUAAUCAGGCUUCCGACAAGGUAGACGGUGAUGAAUCGGUACCUACGAAAGAGGCGCCUUCAAAACCUCCGUCUAAGGGGAGGAAAAAGGCAACGAGCUACUUGGAUGAACUACUGGCAGAGCGAUCGAAGAAGCGGAAGAAGAGAUGA